UUUCGAUUGACUUUUUAAUAAUUAACAACAUUCACUGCGACUCAGGUCAAUCGUUUAGGCUUACUCGGGAUAUUCGACUCAGGAUGACAUUUAGACACGUAAGAUGCUUGAAGGACGCGGUGAUGCCCGUCAUAUGGCUCAACUGCGUGUUCUGCAUGGGAAUAUUCGAGAUACCCUCGCAUCGGCCACGAUUUUUUCUGAGCAUCAUCUACGCCAUCACGGUGAUAACCGGGUACUUCGUUUUAGUCUACAGGGGCAUCGGUACCUUCGCGGAAACGUUCAGUUGCAAUUUGAUCUUAUUUUACUGCGUCAUAAUCGUCAACAUCUUAGUCGCCAACUGUUCCGUAAUCUUGUUUUGGCUCAGAUCAAAGUGUUUCACCAUGUUACUUAAGAAGAUGGGUAAUGUGGACGACACUUUGGAGACAUUAGGUAUAAAGAAGAACUAUGAGAAAAUUUUUCAUGACACUCUCUGGUACAUGAUGUUCUGGAUAGCGUGCAUGAUAUUGCUGAAUGUCAUGCAUCUAGUGUGGAUGUGGCGCGACAAUGGAUAUCUCAACAACUUCUACACCGCCCUAUGCUUUGGUUUUCCGAUUAUGGUCAAUUCCGUGGUGGACAUCAUCUUCUGUUCGUACAUCGGGCAA